UGGCGAUUCAAUACUGUGAAAUAUAUUUAAUCCUGAGGUGGAAAAAAGCCGAUGAGUAGCAAAGCAAGAAUUCAGAACACUGGGAAAAGGGUCAGUUUUUAGAACACAUUCCCCUGGGUGCUCUCCGCGUUCUCCAUGCCAGCAAAUAAGGCACAUAUACAAAGGGAUACCUAAACUUAUUCACAAGCAUAUACUAAUGAACAUACAGCACAAAUUAACGUAUUCAAUAACCACAUUCCUUGAAGCUCCAGGGAAAUCAGCACUUUUGUCCUUCCUUACCAGCCCUUGACCAGGCGUGACCUCUCCCCCGUGGCCUGGCGUGCGAGGCGGCCCAUGGCGGGGGAGGCGAGCAUGCCGGCCGCACCUCUCGCUCUGGUCCUCAUCCUGGGCCUGGCUGCUGCUCGAGGAUGGGGCUUGCGGCUGUCCAGCGUGGAGGUUCCCCCGGUCGUGGCGUCGGGUUCCCGGGUGGUGCUGACGUGCAGCUAUGAACACAGCGAAGAGCUUCCCCAGGCUCUCUACUCCGUCAAGUGGUAUCGUGGCGUAGACCAGUUCUACGAAUACCUUCCCGGUAGAAGUCCAGCCAUGAAGGUGUUCCCUGUGGAGGACAUAGAAGUGGAUGAAACCCACAGCAACCUGACGAGCGUCGUGCUGACGGGCGUGACCAGGGGCUCCUCAGGCACCUACCGCUGCGAAGUCCUCGGCGACAAGCCCUACUUCGAGACCGACGACCACGCCCAGAAUAUGACGGUUGUUGACGUGCCGGCGUGGGGCCCACACAUCACGGGCGUGUCGCACGGCAUGAGGGUCAACCCCGACGACGUGGUUAACGCCCAGUGCGAGCUCGACCUGUCUGACCCGCCGGCCGACUUCACCUGGCUGGUCAACCACAAGGAGCCGCCCUCGCCCUUCCAGGUGUCGCAGGGCAGGCCGACCGGCAAGGACAACCGGCUAGUGCAGAUGUCGGAGCUUCAAAUCUUGCCGUCGAAGUCAUCCUUCGAGCGCGGAGCAAUGACCAUCAGCUGCGAGGUGCGCGUGUCAACUGUGUACCAGAGAAUCGUCAACGUUAGCCUCAUCAACGCGAACUGGCCACAGCCCGCGGGGGUCGGCUGGUUCUCUGCAGGGACAUCGGCGCGUCCUUGCCUUGGAGUGAUCCUCGGGAUUCUACUCCUGCGCCUCCUGUGACGACGUUACGACGACGAAGCCACAGCACAGGAGCGGAGUAUGUCGCCGCUCCUCGAUCCUGAGUGACGACGCUGGUCCCCUCCUCACCGGCGCACAAGACCAGCUGAAGACAAUGUACUUGCAUAUACUCUUGUGCUGGUGUCUGUCUCUGUAACGUAUAUGUAACGCUCUGUAAACUUACUGUUCGACGCUGCAAUAAGCUGACUGCAUGUUCUUGUUCGUGUGAGGAUGUGGUGACGGUAGAUCUCCCCCCCCCCCCCCCCCCCGCGUGUCGGCGUAACGGCGUAACGGGGUCACGUGACGGCCAUAGCGGCAGUGCCAAUUGGACUUUGUGUACAUAUCAGUUAAUCAACGAAGUGAACAGAAUAUUCUUUCAGUAAGGCAGGAUAGAUCUUUCGUAAACUUAUGUGCAGGCAAACGUAUGUAUACACGCAAUACAGGUGUAACUGUGAAAUAUACAUAUCUUUCCUGUCUAUUCUACACUCUCUCUGCAUAUGAUAAAAACACAAACUCAUUUCGUGUAUGAGUGUGUGUACACACACACUCAUACACACACACAAACAAACAAACACAGACACACACACAUAUACAGAUAGAUAGAUAGACAGAUAAUUUCAUAGAUACACGCAUAAACAUACAAAUAUUCACACACACACAUACGCUGACAUACAAACAAAACCCUUUGUCCGAACGUCUAAAGGAUCGGAUAUCCUUAGUAACAACGUUAGUUUGUCACAGUAGAACGUUCAUAAUUCUUGGAACUUUUGCUUAAUGUAUAUUUUUGUUACAAUUAUUGUUGGGAUAAUUUCCAUGAAAGCUCCCCCAUACGUAAAUCCACAGCAUUUUCCCGUCACUCC